AGAAAAGUUAAUUUCUCUAAACGUUACUCUCUGUUGGUUUUUUGAACACUGACACAUUAGGCAUAGAACCAUGAAGAUGAAGUCAUCGUCUUCUUCGCUCUCACUCGGCUCAAAGACUCAUACUUUCGGCUGUAUCUCUCUGUUUCUUCAGAAACUUCUCUGUUCCGGUGCCUCUUCUACGUACCCGUCUGAUCAAAUCACUGAACCUGGUUUCGAGUCUCCUGCUUUCUCGUCUGAACCAGAUAGAGUCAGAGGAGGUGAGCCAGGAGCUGUGGCGAGGCUCAUGGGUUUGGAUUCUAUUCCUAUAACUGACAAACCCAGAGUUCUCUCAAGGAGCCGAUCGGUGAAUUCUGAUGAUUAUGUCAAGAGGGAUGAUGAUGAUGCGAUUCAAGGAAAGCAUAGAAGAGUCAAGUCCACUAUGGAUUAUGUUGAGUUUGAAGAUGACAAUUUCUUCAUUCUUAGUUUCGAGAAGGAUAGGAAUGAUAAGGUUCUUGGAGAGCUGAAGCAGCUGGGAACAAGAAAAUGUAAGAAGAGACGAGAAACUAGAGAGAAUCAAACACGCAUAGAGGGUAAAGAGAACGAUAUCAUUGCCGUGAACGUUUCACCAGGAUGCAAGAGGCUUGAGACAGGAGAACUGAAGCAGCGUAGGAAGGAGAAACGUAAAAACAUGAGAAAAAGAAGAGAGAUUGAGUUGAGACAGAACAUCAAGAACUAUGGUUGUUGGUCAAGAGAUGGAGAUUUAGCCAACUGUGAAGUGAAAUCAAUGAAGGAGGAAGAAGAGUGUAUAAGCUGUGAUGACUCGAGCCCUGUCUCGGUUCUUGAUUAUGAUCGAGUAACUCCGGAACCAGAGACCACUUCAAGAAGACAGUUAUCUUCAGUACUCGAAUCUAGUAAGAGCAAUGAAACAGUUCAAGAAGAUCACAGCUCAAGAGAGUCUGAAAUCCCAGUUCAUGGCAACCAAGAGAUGUGGCUCAAGAUUUGUAGACUCACUUUAUCUGAGCUUGAAGAGUCAAAUUGGGUUUACAGAAAAGCUUCAAAGCUCGAAGAAGAUUUGGAAGGAAACAUAAGAGAAGAUAUAGCCUCAAACAUCUUAGAUCAACUCUUAGAAGAAACCAUUACAACACUUUCCCUAACUUCACUAGUGUAAAGUUAUUUUCUAUCUUAUUCAAUAACAUUAAAUACUUAACAUGUUUGCUUUCAUCAAACACAACUCUCAGUAAACAUUAUAUUAUAAAGGAAAUUGAUUAAUAAUAUGAAAAGAAUCAAGGAAGUGAGGUGAUUUAAGGUUUCUCUUUUGGUUUUGAAACCUUAAUCAACCUCUGUUUUUUCUAUAGAAACAGAGAGAGACAAACAAACUCUCUUUUAGUCCCCAAGAAUUUUUUUUAUUCUUAUUCUAAAGAAAGAAAGAAAGAAACAUUUAAAACAACAAAUGUAAUAAGAUUAGCAACGACCUCUUAAGACUCUUUCUCUUCUGCUUCUUGUUAAUGAUGAUGUUUCAAAACUUUGAUAUCAAGCAACGGUCUGUUCUGUCUCCAUGUAUGACUGCUCCAUCCAAACCGGAGCUACCCUCGUCUCCUGUGGCUCUUUCACCAACGGCUCCACCCAAGAGACAUCUGGUUCCUCUAGCUCGGCUCCUUCCAUAUGCAUUCUUGAUUCAAUGCUACCAGCUCUGAGACGGAAAGAAGUAGAGUUCCUAAGCUCUUGUAACUCAUCUCCAUUGACACUCCAGUCAAGUUUUCCAUCCAACGAGCCCCAAUCAUCCAGACAAGUAGGAGUCACGGGAUGGUGUUGACUGUUGCGUUCUAUGAAGCUCUGGCUUCUCUGUUUAGCAAAUGCAGCCGCUCUUGAAUCCAUUGAGAACUGAUAAUUAGCUCCCACAGGUGAUGACGAGAGACUGUUAGCCCCGAACAUAUCACUUAAGCUAUGAACCGGGCUUAUUCCUCCACUCGCAAGCCUGUUCAUACCAUUUCCAGAGAAAGGAGGUGAAGCAGCUGUGUUGUUGUUGUUGUUGUUGUUAUUCCAUCUACCUGGAGAAGAAAGGCUUUUAUGAAUCUCCUCAGAGAAAUUGAUCUCUCUGGCGUUCAACGCGGACUUGAGCCUGCUCCGUGGAAGAUGCAACGUAGGAGGGGAAGCGAUAGGCCAGUUCAUCCACGGCUUCCCGCUACCUAUAGGAGAAGGGACACCGUUAGGACUCAAAGGAGGUGUGGUUAGUACAACACCGUUAGGACUCAACGGAGGAAGUGGACUUAUCGGUCCCAUGUCAGAAGAGAAGGAAGACCGUGGAGAAGGAACACCAGAGCCUGUUGAAGGAUACAAAGGACGUAGCUCAUCAGGUUUGUGCGCAAAGAAACAAACUCUUCUCGAGCAAUUCGUCUCGUCCUUGCAGAGACGUGUCCUGUACUGAGCAGGGUGAAGCCAGCACUCGAAGAUACCGUGUGCAUACUCGCAAGAAUCGCCUCUAGAGCAAGAACCUUUACGGAACUCGGGGCAAGGGACACAGCUGUAAUGAUACUUACGAGGAUCACGCCUCCUCGCG